CUGGUUAACUUUGCUGUCAAUGAGUUUUGCUUUCUGAGAGCAGGGGAUGAAUUUAUUUGUUAUUGAAUUUAUUUAUUUUUUAAUUUUACACAGAUAGAAAUCGAUACCUGCAAAUUGACCGUUUAAAAAAUGGAUAAGGAAGCUGAUUUAGAAACAAAAUAUCAAAAGUUAGCCGGUGAAUACUCGAAGAUUCGUUCACAAGCAACAGUGCUUAAAAAGGCUGUAUUGGAUGAGCAGACGAAAAACGGAGAGUUAUGUGAAUUAGUAAAAAACUACGAGCAAACUAUUAGAAAGAGGGAACAGGAAAUGGAAAGCCUCACAUUCAGGAAUGAUCAGCUAACAAAAAGAAUAACCGUCUUGCAACAAGAAUUACAAGAUAGCAAUAGUGUUAAAAAAGGAAAAAACAAAUCUAUGGAGAUGCCACAGAAUGUUGAUAUCAGUAUAUUAAAUGAAGAAUUGCAAAAAAAGAUACUAGAAAAUGCUCAACUUUACAAUGUGAUUGCAGGUAAAGAUACAGAAAUAUUAGAAUGUACCCAGAAGAUUAAAGGAUUAGAGGAACUAUUAGCAAAUUUCGAGAAAGAAUUAGAAAACAAGGAAAAAUACCACAGUGAAAGGCAUAAAAAGAAUAAAGAAGAUAUUUUGAAUCUCAGGAAAAUGAUAGAUAGUUUAUCAAAUACUAAUAUGAAGGAUAAGGAACAAACUAGGGAAGAAUCGGAUUCAGCCAAUCAGUGGAAAGCUGAGGCUGAAAGAUGGAAAGCAGAAUGUGAGUUGCUAAAGUCCAAGCCAGAUUCAAAUGACCAAUUAACGAGCUAUUACGAAACAAAGCUUAGAGAUUUAUUAGACAAAAAUGUUCUUCUGCAGUCUGAAAUGAAAACAACAUACGCAGAAAAUGAUGCCCUGAAAAGUAGGCUAGAAAAUAUCACGUUGGAAUUGAGUGAUUUGAAAAAUAAAAUGGAGAGGAGUUACGAAGAACUAAUGAUAACAAAUGAUAACUACAAAAGUCAGUUAGAUGCUAUGACAGAGCAUUUAGCUUCUCAAAAUGAAAAGAUUACUAAACAGUGCGAUGAAAUACAGUUGCUAAAAUACAAACUUGCUAGUAAAAAAUAAUGUAUAAGUGUAUAUACCUAAAAAUAUCGGCUACAUUGAAUAGGUAGUAAGUGAUAUAUAUUUGCAUUUUAUUAUUUAUUAUAUCAAAUGUUAAUAAAACAUUUUUUAAAACUGUUUCAGGCCAUGCUUAUUAAAGAAUAGAAUACUUGA